AUGCGUGAUGUUCAUUGGAGAAGGGCAGCAGUCCUCAAGGCACUUUGCCUCUACUUUGGUGAGGAUGACGGACAUCUGAUCCAUGAGUAUAUGGACAUCAAAGGAAAUGACAUCCAGACAGACAUGCAGAGGUGCACCAUGGGUAUUUAUGUCAUCAGCAAGGAAAAUGGAGAUCCUGGACAUUCUGAUGACGUUGGAAUUUUUGUUGAAGGAGUUCUCUUCCUGGACAUUUAUCUUGGAUCUGAAGCCAAGGCCUGUGCAGUGAUGCAUGGAGUGAUCUAUGAACUGAACCUGGCCUACCCCAAAGAACUGAGACACUACUACGAAUUUAUUCAAAAAGAACUCAUGCAGAUGGAUGAGGAAAAGCUCUUCCAGGGUCCUUGGCCUAAACAACAAAAUCAGUGUUGGACGCUGAUUCUCCUGUUGUGGAAGUCAAAGGAGACACCAGCUUUUAAAGUCUGGAUAACAACGAUGAUGGACGCCCUUCACUUAGAAAGGAUUAGAAACACACUGAACGACCAGCUGGGAGAAUCUGAAAACAUCUGGAAACCAGUGAUGUCAUAUAUGGAAGGACCAGAUAGUUCAGAUCCACGACAUAAGCAGGAGCCCACAGCGGAGCACUACACCAACCGAUUUUAA